GAAAGAUCCACGCGGCCACCGCAAUGGCCUGUAGUACCUCGUGACGAGUGUCAAACUCAUCGGCAUCGUUGACGGGCACGAGCGUAUCCUUGACAUUUCCAAGUUGCACGAAGGAUCGUGAUUCGAUAGAUCGAAGAUGACACCAAAGAAACUAUCAUUAUUCUUCGUUGUUUUCGUGUCGCUCACCGUGUGCAAGUAUCGUUAUUACGCAUUCGAAAUCAAAGCAGCGUCGGGUUUUGCGUCAUCAUCAUCCGGAUCAUUGAAAUCGAUGUUGACGAUCGGCAGCAGAAUGCCCAGAGCCACCGUGAACGAUAUCGUUUCGAAGAACAUCACUAUGGUUCUCGAAAAUCUGCUGAUGAAUUACGAAAAUAGUCAACUGCCUACGCAUGGUAAAGGUAUGCCCACGGUGGUGAAAACCAAUAUCUUAAUUAGGAGUAUGGGCCCAGUGUCUGAACUCGAUAUGGAUUAUUCGAUGGACUGCUACUUCCGACAAUCAUGGCGCGAUUCGCGUUUAAGUUUUCUGGGCCCUAUCAAGUCCCUUAGUCUCAGCAUCAAAAUGCUCGAGAGAAUCUGGCGUCCUGACACUUACUUUUACAAUGGCAAGCAUAGUUACGUACAUACGAUCACUGUGCCGAACAAAUUGUUAAGGAUCUCCCAGGACGGCGAUAUACUCUACUCUAUGAGACUUACUAUUAAAGCCAAAUGUCCCAUGGAAUUGAGGAACUUCCCUAUGGAUCGACAAUCUUGCCCGUUGAUAAUGGGAAGCUAUGCGUACACAUCAAGACAGUUGGUUUAUGAAUGGCAGGAAGGUUCAGAUGAUUCAUCAGUGAACUUCAUACCUGGGAUGGCACUUUCACAAUUUGAUUUAAUGGGUUCGCCGUAUAGAAAUCUCACAUUUAUUCGUCGGGAGGGCGAGUUUUCGGUAUUGCAAGUAUCUUUCAUCUUGCAGCGCCAUACUGGAUAUUUUCUUAUACAAGUUUAUGUACCAUGUGUUUUAAUUGUUGUAUUGAGUUGGGUAUCUUUUUGGAUUCAUCGUGAGGCAACAAGCGAUCGAGUAGGUUUAGGUAUCACUACGGUCUUGACGCUAUCAACAAUAAGCCUCGAUUCCAGAACGGAUUUGCCAAAAGUUAGAUAUGCUACCGCUUUAGAUUGGUUUCUCUUGAUGAGUUUCGGUUACUGUAUCGCUACCCUUUUGGAAUUUGCUGGUGUUCAUUAUUUCACAAAGAUUGGUAGUGGCGAGAUUCCAUUGGAUAAUGAAGAAUGGGAAGACUGGCAGGGCAUCACGAGCGAAGAAUUUGAGGAUUCAUUUCGCACGAUGAUUUCUUGCAGUCCUCAGACUGUUCAUACGGAAAUCGUUGACACGAAUACUAGAAGACGCGGGUCCCUUAUGUCUACACUGUACAGUGUAAGAUGGAUCACAUAUGAAGAUUCCCGUUCCAUAACAGUUGCCGUUUCUUCAAAGCCAUCGACGAUGGAAAGACAAACACAAACUGAGCUCAUUUUACCAUUAUGGCGACAGUUUCUCUAUUGUUUAGCGGGAGAUGAUGCUUUCAGACGCCGUCGGCAACGGGAAGUAGCCAGUAGUUACCAAUGCGGUGAUCGUAUAUCGAGACACAUAAAUAGCGUGUCUUACAUCGACAGAGUGGCUCGAAUAGUCUUUCCCGCGUCUUUUGGUCUACUUAACGUUUUCUAUUGGCUAGUCUACGUUACCUAUCAAGAGGAAUUUAAGUGGCAGGACCCACCGAUUGGAUCGAUAACACCAAUCUCCCAUUAACGAAAUCUGACAAUAACGCUUAAGUAGUUUACGAAUCGGGAAAAUGGAAUAAAUUCUACGCAUAUAUAUUAUA